GGCAGCGGGCCGCCAUGGCGGAGGAAGAAACUGGCGUUUCAUCUGGGAAAGUCCAUAGCAAACGGAUCUUCCUCAACCACUUGGACUCGUUCAUCGGGAAGCAUACAGGCAAAUACCUAUCUAACUGUAUGGUUGGAGCAUCACUGGAGGCACCAGUAGAAGAUGAAGAACAGAUUGAGGAAGAGACUGAUUCAGUCAAAAGUCUUCCAGUAACCAAAGGGACAUACCAGGUCGUGGGAACACAGGGAAAUCCUGAUGCCCAGAAGCCUGAUUUUGCUUUUGAAACCUUCUCUUUUAAUUCAAGGGACCAACUAUUGGAGUAUCUUCUGGACUGUGACAUCAUCAUCUAUAACAUCAUAGAAACACCUGAGCAAAUUGACGAAGCCUCAUGGACAGUUUCAGCACUGCAUUCAGAGAUAGGAAAUUUCGAAGGCUCAAAGAUAUUCAUUUUAUUGUCAACAAUAAUGACAUGGGGACAGACUAAAUCCACCGAACCUGAUGAUCCACUAACAGAAGAUGACUAUCGUAGAAGAAAGGCCCAUCCAAAUUUUAAGGAUCACCUCAGCCUUGAGAAACUGGUUAUCAAACUUGGAAAAACCAAGAAGCGCAAGUUUACUACAUACGUUGUUGCUUCUGGGCUUGUUUAUGGAAUGGAAGAAAGUGCUUUUCAUUUCUUUUUUAAGGAGGCCUGGCUUGGGUUGAAUCCAGCAGUACCAUGCUUUGGGGCAGGAAAUAAUGUUGUUCCAACCAUUCAUGUCAAAGAUUUAGCUGGAGUGUUACAAAAUAUAAUAGAACGAAAACCAAAAAUGAACUACAUUCUUGCAGUGGAUGACUCAAAGCACAAGUUGAAAGAGAUAGUCAAGUCAAUCAGCAAACUUGGGCCUGGCAAGAUUCAACACCUUCCUGAAGAAGAUGCCCUGCUCAGCCAUGACUUGACGCAAUCAGAUCUGGAUCACUUGAUGGUGAAUCUGACAUUGGAGGCCUUUUUCAUCAAAGAAAACUUCAACAUCCACUGGGUGGCUGAAAAUGGUAUUGUGGAAAACAUCCAGAACCUAAUCAAAGAAUACAAGCAAUCUCGAACACUUCUGCCACUAAAAAUCGCAAUUCUGGGACCUCCUGUGGUGGGGAAAACCUCAGUAGCAGAGAAGCUGGCUAAAAACUACAAGCUGCACCACAUCAAAAUAAAAGAUGUCAUUGAAGAAGCUAUUGCAAAUCUGGAAUUAAAAAGUACACAGCCUGAAAUUGAAGAAACUGAAGAAACUGAGGAAGAAGGUGAUGACACGGGCGUCAAAGAUGCCCAGGACCUCCUCGACCAAGUUAGAGAAAAUAUGGAGCAAAAUGGGGGUCGUCUGGAUGAUGGAUUUGUCCUCAAGUUUGUGAAGGACAAGCUGUCAUCGAUGCCUUGCCAGAACCAGGGUUUUAUUCUCGAUGGUUUUCCUAAGACAUAUCUACAAACCAAGGAACUUUUCAGCGAUUGCAAGGUCGUAAAUAUCAUCCCACUAUUUAAGAAAGGAGUGAAAGAGAAAACAGGGAGCUACAGAUCAACGUUCCCAUUAAGCUGUGCAGUCGAUCAGCACAGCACACCUGUUGCAGCAUUGACUUCAGGUUCCAGAAGUCGCAUAUGUCCUGUAAGCCAACGCAGCUGGCAAGAGAAUCAGAGGGAAUGCUGCUCCAGCCUGGUCAUCUUUGCAUCAGUAAAAGGUGAAAUGCUAGAAAUCUAUUACAGAAAACACAAUAAGUGA